AUGGAUUCCACCGAUGACGAUUUCGGUGAGUUGUACGUUGAUGUCAAGGUUCAGGCGAGUGUUCCCGUCGCUGGCGAUGUAAAGUCGUGCGAAGAAUCGGAGUGUGCGACGAUUUCCGACCAAAAUAGGGUUUUGAAAGGGAAAGUAAAGCCUGAAUCGCAAGGUGAAAUGAAGAAAUUCGAUGUGGUGGCUAAGGAUUCGAGUCCUUGUGUCGACGAGGCGUACGAAGAAUCGGAGUACAGUGACAGUGACGAUGAUUUGAAUAUCGUGUUAAAAGAAGACGAUUCCAAAGUGUUUCCAGUUGCUUGUGUGUCGAACACCAACAAUUGCCGAUACGUCGAACCAUCCAAAACUUGCUCUUUUCAGAAACGGAGGAUCGGAAACUGGUGCACAAUGCCAAAUGUUGGGAUGGUUAAUGGAGGGAUGAAGAUGGAUACUUCAGCUUGCAUUGAUCAGUCUCUUGGAAUGCCUCAAUGUGGAUAUAAUUUCUCACAUCCUUGGUACAGGACACCUUUUGAUGUAAAUUCCGAUGUGUUUAAGAAGAAGCCAUGGAGGAAUCCUGGUAUGGAUAUCAAUGACUUCUUUAAUUUUGGGUUUAACGAGCAAAGCUGGAAAGAUUACUGUAACCCAUUGGGAAGAGCAAUUGAGGUUGGAGGUGGAACUUUUGAGCGGAUACCAUCUGCAGAUCUGCGUCUUCCACGUGAUUCAGAUCCUGAUGUGGUGAUACAGAUCCCAGUGACUAAUGAUGUUGAGGAGCUAUCCAGCGUGAUACCUGUGGAAGCAAAGUCUCUCAGCGUAACAUCAAAUGAAGCAUCUAGAAGUGGGGAUUUGAAUUCAUCUGGUAAUUUCGUAAAAGAAGAGGCUUUUGUGGGUUGUCAAGACCAAAACACUGGAAGUUCCAGUGGUGAGCAGUCUCCUCCAAAAGAGUAUUGUUGCAGCAGAGAAGUAACACCUUGUGAUAAGGAAAUGAUUGACGAGGAGAAAGAAGACAUUGGCUGCAGUUCAGAUGAGACCAAUACAUACUCAGUGGAGAGGGAAUCAUCUCUUGGAGAACAAAUUCGUUUUAGCCCUACCCCUUCAUGUUCUGUUGGUAAAAAUGAGGAAUUUGAAGAUUCUGAAACAGAAUCAUCAAAAGGCAUUGAUAGUGAUGUCCAACGUGAAGUCAUUACCCCACCACGACGAACUAGAUUUACAGAACAUGAAGCAACCAAUAUCAAAAGUGAGGAAAUGAGUGGUACAAGGCAUUCCAGACACAGAAGAUCUCACGAAUACCCAAGUGAAAGGCACUUUAAGAAAAUAAAACAUGGAAUCGUUAAGGAUGGGUCAUUUUCACCAGAUCUUGGCAAGAAUGUGCGUUCUCGGCAUGGAAAUUUGUAUCGUGAAUCACGCAAAAACUGGCAGAAUGGACCACUUUUUACUCUAGAAAGGGAUGAGACUAAAGGUAAAGGCUUUCCUCACUCAAAUAGAGAAAACCCUCAUGGUAGAAUGUAUUCAUCUGUGGAUCAUGAUCGACAUAGAGAUCACAGGUUUGGUUGGCACAACACCAAAGAAUCAUCACGAGGCCGGGACUUGGAUCAUUCUAAUGGUUACAUGUAUGAGGCGCGUCUUAAAGAGUAUACCUCACGUUCAACCUUCAAUCUUAAUCAGAGAAAUUGUCGAUCAAGUUUUAAAGAAGAUGAGAAUCGAUAUGAUAGGCAACGUUGUGAAAGAAAAUAUGGUCAUGAAAGAAGUCAUGUCCUACCAUAUGAAGGCAACAAAGAAAGAAAUCGGUAUGAUUGGUUAAGAGAACCUUAUUAUCAGAACUGUAUUCCAAUAACUGACAUGGACUAUAGGUACCGGUUCGAGUACUCUUCUGCACAUGGAAGACAUAACCCCAAACAGAGUCACGAGAAUGAUCUUCAUUGCAGAAGAAGGGGUGAUUACGAAUAUAAUUUUCAUCGCCAUAGAUAUGAUGAUGGAGUUCACAGGGAAGAAAGUAGAAUUCCAUCUGAGCUGGCUUACAGGGAGAUGCAUUCUUUUGCUGAAGUUGGAAGGAGAGAGUUUCGAGGGUAUGAAAGAAAUGAGGAAUUCUCUGAAAUAGAUAAAAGACACCAUUACACACCUGAUAGGUAUCUUGAUGGAUUUGUCUCAGAGAACGAUGGUUACAAGUACAGAGUGCAAAAUCGUUGGCCAUCACCGUCUUUAUCAUUGAGAGAGUCUUGGUAUACAAAAGGAUCAAGAGGUGAUUCCUGGAGAGAUGAUACCAGACUCUUUACACCAUCUGAAGCAUAUGACAGCCAGAAUAAUCAGUUGUAUAGGGCUGGACCAAGAGAUGGUUGGACGCGGAAUCUUCUUCAUAGCGAGAGCAUACAAGAUAGACUACAAUAUGACGAUGAUUGGGUUCGUCGUGAUAGAAGGAGAUUUCAGUUGGGAGAUGACAUUCAGUGCUCAAUGAGAGAAGUUACUUAUUCUGAGCAUCCAUCAUAUACUGAUGAGAUAUUAGCCCGCGACAUAAGAAUGCCUACGCAUAAUCGAAUGUCUACCAAACAAAGGUCUGGAUAUUUAAUGAGCAAUAUUCGUGAAACUGAUGAAAGACAUCACAGAUCCAAAAGGCUGAAAGGAGAUGGGCAUGAGCGUCAGGAUCCGGUCAACUUAACUGGUAGGCAAGGAAAGAGCCUUGUCCGAGCUCAGUUUGAAGCUCACUACAUCUGCUACGAUAAUCUCUCUAACCAAUCAAAAAGAAGUUUCUCCAAUGGUGAAGAUAAAAUUGAACAACAAGAACGUGAGAAACCUGGAAAUGUAGUCUGCAGAAGCAAAGAGAAAGCUACGCAGAUUCGAGAUAUGAAUGAUAAAGAAGAGGGCGAGAUCAUAGAAGAAGCAAUGAACGUGAAAGGGAUCGAAAUAGACGAAGAACGAAUACAAGAGAGUCUGAAGAAGAUGGAGAAACGGAGAGAGAGGUUCAAGGAAACUGAAGUGGCUAGGAGUCUAGUAGCCACGCUCGAAUCUCAAACCGAACCAGGAGCUAAAACCGAUUAUACCGAUCAACAGAGACCGGUUAGGAAGAGGCGAUGGUGUGCAAGUUAA